AUGGAAGACAUCAGAAUCCCUUCUCCCUCUGCUAUUUUAGCUCCCUCGCCUCCCGCUGCUGCUCCUGCUCUCGCCCCCGCGGCGGCGGCUCGUCGCUCUGAUAGCCGGCUCCCUCGUCCGACGACUUCCGCUGCGCCGGCUGGCGAGCCGGCGAGGGAUCGGCCAGCGGCGGCUCAGGCCAAGCCCAAGCAGUCGAAAAGCCGCAAUGGUAGGAUCGAUUUCCCCGGUGUCCUUGCUCUGCGACUGAUGGGCCCUACCGAGGCUCCCCUGUACAGAGCCACUGUGCUGACCAUGGCCAGGCUGUCUCACUUGCAAGGUCAAGCGCCUGAAAUGCGACGAGUCCAAGCCCACUUGCCAGCAGUGCAGGAAGCGCAACGUGCCGUGCGGCGGGUACAAGAAGGAAUUCAAGUGGCGGCCCUUCGAAGAGUGCAAUCGCUCCGCCAAGUCUGCUUGCAAGGGGAAAAAGGUCGCUCCGCCGGCGCCGAGACCAGUCGAGAAUUCGCUUGCGAGCCUCCUUACGCCGCCCGCGACGGAACGUUCAACCCCCCCCCCGUGGAAGCACGCCCCGUCCCGGUGAGGACGUCCUCGACGCGAUCCGUCGGCUCUCGAUCCAUCCGAAACUCCCCUUCCCACCCGAGCAGCCUGCCGGCAAGCCAGUCGGACUUCCGAGCGUUCUUGUCACGCCGGGAAGCAGACCUGGCUCCUGGUCCCACAGAGCUUCCGGACACCCUGGACAUCGGGAUUCCCGACGGCGACGACGUCUCUUCUGCCGUGCCGGAUUUUGGUCCGGCCGAACCGUCAUGGUUGUCGGGGCUGUUCGCGCCUGGCGGCGACCUCCAGUCGAGCCUGGACAACGGCUCGCGGGGCCUGCCCGCUCCGCCAACCACCCCCAAGUCGGAUGGUUUCAGCUUCUCCGCCUUGCUCCAGGACGACGCCGACGAUGCCGAGGAGGUGGUGAGAGCGUCGGAACCGAGCCAGCGGCCGUGGAUGCUUGCGAUGUCGGGGUGGGAUGCGCAGACGCCCUGGGGCGACGAGCCGCCGGCACUGAGCCUGGUCAAUGAUCCGGACUUUGGCAUCGCCAGUCCGGAAAUGCUCGUCAUGCGCUUCGACCGGAUUACGUGCGGCAUUCUAUCUGUCAAGGAUGGAGCCGGGGAGAAUCCAUGGCGGACCUUGGUGUGGCCCAUGGCCAAGGACACACCGGCCUUGUACCAUGCCAUCUUCUCUCUCGCGGCAUUCCAGUCAUGCAAGGAGAAUCCAGCGUUCCGGGUGCACGGAGUCGACCACAUGCGCCAGAGCAUUACGUGCAUGGUGCAGGGCAUCCAGAACAUGCGGACCGACGCCGCGCUGGCCACCAGUCUCGCAUUGGCGUUCGCAGACACCUGGGACCAGCACACGCGUACAUGCAUCCAGCAUCUGCGAGGUGCGAAAGCACUGGUAUCGCAGGUGCUGCGGGACAGCACGCAGACGAAUCUGUAUGGAGGCGACAUGGGCCGCGUCCGGUUUCUGUACAACACCUGGCUGUACAUGGACGUGAUCGCGCGGCUGACGUCCCUCGAGGAAUGCGGGAGUCGGACGCUGGACUUCCCCAUUUUCAACAUGCCCAAUGACGGAGUCCACGAGAUCGACCCCCUGAUGGGCUGCGCGGCGACUCUCUUCCCUCUGAUCGACCGAGCGGUCCGGCUGAUCCAGCGCGUCCGAAAAAGCGAGUCCAACUCCGUCGCUCUCGUCUCCCAGGCGAUCGAGCUGAAGGCGCUCAUGGAGCGAUGGGAGCCCCCGGAAUUCUUCGAGCCCCCGGAAGACCCGACCUCGGAGGUCCAACAUAGCAUCCAGACGGCCCUUGCGUAUCGCUGGGCAACGCUUCUGUAUCUCCACCAGGCCGUGCCCGAGAUGCCGUCGGAACCGGCUUCAGAGCUCGCCAAGCGCGUUCUGAUCCUCCUCGCCACGGUUCCCAUGCACUCCCGAGCAACGAUCAUCCACAUGUUCCCUUUGCUGGCGGCUGGAUGCGAGGCCGACCAAGAGGAGGACCGCAAUUGGGUCCUGGAACGGUGGCGUGCCAUCCAGUCCCGGCUCAUGAUCGGCGGCGUUGACCGAUGUCUGGAGGUAGUCCAAGAGGUAUGGGCACGUCGGGAUGCGUUCGAGGCGGACAAAUGCCGCCGGCUGGUGCGACCGCGACGAGCCACCCACCAGUACGUCGCUCUGGAUAAACUGGCGAAGAGAGGAUUGGACCAUGGAGGGGGAUCGGAACCAACCGCCUACGCGCCGGGUGAACCGUGGCGAAGAAGGUCUGUCGUCGAGGACAGCGGCUCAUCAUCUGCCGUGUCCCGACGAAGCUCGAUUGCGCCUCGCUUGGAGAAUAUCGAGUUCGAGAAGACCGUACGAGGGAGAUUACAUUGGGUGACUGUGAUGCAGGAGUGGGAAUGGGAGGUUUUCAUAGGAUAG